AUGUCGAAAGUUACAAGCGAUCAUGUCGAGUCCAUGGAGAGUGGGUGGUAUUCAAGUCAUGAUCUUGGCCAACAAAGUCCCAAGCCAGAUUUAAGGAACUAUGUCUCGGACCCCGUGCUAGAAAAACACGUUGUUCGUAAGAUUGACAUGUUGAUUAUUCCUUUCAUUUGCAUCACAUACUUGAUCACCUUUAUCGACAAAGCUAUGCUAGGGUAUUCUGCCGUAUUCGGUUUAAAAGAAUCCCUGCAUUUGCAUGGAACUGAAUACAGCUGGCUAGGCCUACUGCUCACUGUUGACCAUUUUUCAUUUCUUCAGUUUGAAUAUCCGACCACUUUUGCUAUGCAGAAAUUACCAGUCUCAAAGUGGCUAUCGAUCAAUCUUUUCUUUUGGGGCGAAAUCACCAUGGCUUUGGCCGGCUGUAACAGAUUUGAUGAAUUCCUGGGUCUACGUUUCUUGCUAGGGGCUCUUGAAUCUUGUUCAACGCCGGCCUAUUUGCUAAUUACGGCAACUUGGUAUACUGUUGAGGAACAACCCAUUCGGAUUGGCUGGUGGUCGACAUUUCUUGGCCUAGCAAAUUCCUUCGGUGGCCUUCUUGCCUUCGCCCUAGGUCAUAUCAAAGGGUCUCUUGAUUCAUGGCAAUAUCAAUUCAUCUUUAUUGGAGCAAUUUCCGGUGCAUGGGCAAUCAUCAUGUACUUCAAGCUCGCCGAGCGACCCGAGACAGCAACAUGGUUAAAUGAAACAGAGAAGAAGACAGCAAUUGGGCGCUUGGGACCGAAACACCAUGGCGCUAAUCAUCGAGAGAUCAAGAAAUAUCAAAUAAUAGAGGCUCUUAGGGAUCCUAAGUCUUGGUUGUUCUUCUUAUGUGGAGUUGCGACACAAGUUGUGAAUGGAGCUGUCAGCAACUUCGGAAGUUUGAUCAUUGAAGGGUUCGGUUACUCAAACUUUACAACCACACUCUUUCAAAUCCCAUACGGAAUGGUCAUUCUGGUAUCAAACGUUUCUGCCAUGUAUAUCCAAAGAUGGCUUCCCGGUCAGAGACGGUGUUUUGUUGCUGUGUUUUACGUCUGUCCCGCACUGGCAGGUGCCAUUGGGAUUCACACAAUUUCACGGGACCAUAAAGUAGCCUUAUUGGUUUGCUAUUGGUUGACAAGCACCUAUACCGCCUCAUUUGCGAUGACAAUGUCCCUCAUUACAGCGAAUACUGGUGGCUCCACAAAACGCUCCGUGGUCAACGGUAUAUUUUUUAUCUCAUAUUGCGUAGGGAAUAUUGUCGGACCAUUCUCUUUCAAGACUAGCGAAGCUCCAACUUAUACUUCGGGAAUUGUGGCCAUGUUAGUUGCGUAUUGUGUCGAAGCUUUGUUGCUUUUGUCUUUUGCUGUAUAUGCGGCGAUGUUGAAUAAGAAAAAGGAUGAAAUUGUCCAGAGAGAAGGGUUGAGUCUCGGUGAUGCUGUUACUCAAUUUCAAGAGAGCUCAUCCACUGACCGGACUGAUAAGGAGGAUCUUUUCUUUCGAUACUCUUACUGA